AUGGUCAAUGGCCUCCCUCUCGCUGCUGUGACAUGGCCAUUUAUCUCAUACAAGGGUCUGCGGCUCUCGUAUGCUUCAGCUUCUCAAUGCGCCGGGCCACCUCGAACGUAUUCUGUUUUACAGUUUGACCGGUUUUGCUACAUCCUCAUGGAUAUCCUGCAGAUGCUGCACCCUUCGCGGAAAAGGGGUAGGCUGUUUUCUGCCUCAUCCUAUUUCAACAUUGGGCCUGCUUUGACGGCUACUAGAGCCGGUUGUCUUCAACUCACUCUCACGAGCCCACGGGCUGCAAUCGUUACUAUGCCUAAGAAAGACCGCGUUCUGGUCCCAAAUGAGGAGAUCCGCCGGUUGCUGGACAGUAUGGAUAACCGACGGGUGGCCAACCGGACCCAGCCAGUAGAACGACCGUCGAGGCUGGCAGCGCCAAGGCCUCCUCCUCCUCUCGAAGAAGGCGGUCAUCAACGAAAAGAGCCUAUUAGGGUUUUUCACGGAGAGGUAAUCUGCGUAUCGGAAAACACAGAUCGACAGGGUGCUCAGGGACCAGCACUGCGAGAACAAAAGACCGUCAACGUUCCCUCGGAAGAGCUACGUCGAACACUGAAAGAAAUAGUCCGCCAGCGAGCGGAACGCCGCCUUGCCGUGCCUCGCCAACGAACUGAUAAGAAGAAGAAGGUCUCAGAGGACGACCUCCGUCGUACCUUGGAGAGCCUGGAACGCCAGCAUAGAGAAGAACGGAUGCAGUCCUCUUCACGAAGAACACGUUCUCGGACCGCCCCAGUAUCACGCCCAAAGUUACUUAACGACACAUUGACUUCCGGCCAGACAUCCUCCCGCAGACAGCAUCCACCGGUUGCACGAGUGCGGCAGCCAACCACAGCGGACCAGGUGAAAAGUCCUCCUCAAACGCCUUCCCGGAAGCGUCCGAGAGAAGAGGACGGCCUUUUGACCCCACCACCGUCGCGGGCGGACCGCCACUCCAAGAGGCCACGUCUGACGGGUAGCGUCGGGGAGCACCAACGAAUGUCGAUCGCUACUAUAUUGCAGUGCUAUCAGUCUUCAUUUCUCGACAAGCAGGAGGCGUCGGAAACAAGAUCUUGGUGCAGGGAAGUCCCGCUUGCUGUGCAAGUAGAGGCGGCUAGGUCAUUCUACCAAGCAUUCACGAAUGAAAAGACAUUGCCAAUCUCUCAUUGCAUGUUCUGCUACAGGAAGCAGCCAACGGGGAAUCUCGCAACUAUUCAGUGGAAAAGACUAUUAACGCCGUCCUUAAUACGGGCGACGAAGGUUCUUCAGCUUUGUGAGGAAUGCCUGCCACAGCACGAAGAUGCUGUAGCGGACGUGUGCCGUGACUGUCGCACUGUUUUGCAGAACGGAAGACUCCCCAAGUCCUGCUCAGUCAACAACAUGCACAUUGGGUGCGAGCACAGAUAUCCAAAAGAGCUCGAUGACCUCUCUCCCGUCGAGGAAAGACUUAUCGCCCUCCAGGCUCCGUUCGGCUACAUAACUAAGUUCACCGUCAACAGCAAGACGCUUUCCGGCCUACACUACAGGAAACAUGUGAAAGGACAUAUCGUCGUGUUUCCGAACAACGUCGACGAUCUCGUCGCAACAGUGCUUCCCCAUCCCCUACUGGAGGCGAUCGAGAAUAUCCACAUCUCCUGGAACGGGUCGAGCAAGCCUAACCCUGCAGACGUCGGUCAUCUUCUUCAAGUUCGCAAGACGGUUGUAAGGAAUGCUCUGGUUUGGCUUCAGAGAAACAACCCUCUCUACGAGCAAAUUGCUAUUAACAGCGACGAGAUAGACAGUUGGCAUUACGAGAGUGGCUCUAACGUCCCAGCUGUUAUACUUGGGAUGAUGAGACAUGAGGAGCCGUCGAUUGCUGAGAAAACGCAAACAGACCACAUUGUCCCACCCACGGACAGAGGACUACCGGACAAUCAGCCCACGACCAUUGAGGAGAUCCUCAACUCCGCGCAACUUUGUGCCGAUGGAGAGCACCACGACUCAGACAUGUUCCCCAGAGAGCCCGUUACCAGCUGUUCCGAUCGCCUCGGCAAUGUCAUCUAUGAGGCAUCAUCCUCAGGCAUGUUCCCCCUCGACGAGCCUGCCACAUUCUCGGAGUCGGAUAAGCUGUCCUUUAUUGCAAAUGCUAUGCAGAUAAACAGUCGGGAAUCCGACGGGGGUGGCCAUUCGGGUGGGAUGAAUAUAGGCACCGCGGGAGAACAGCCAUUCAUACGUGUGGACCGGGGCUCUGAUUUCGCCGACAACCUGCACGAGGACUUCUUUCCCAGGACCUUCCCUAGGCUUUUCCCAUGGGGAAGAGGAGGACCUAAAGCAACACGCAGCACGGGACAUCGUCAGCAAAAUACAUCAGAGAACAUCGGAAAUCCUACCCCAAACCACUCGCUCACAUACUGGGCUAAGUAUGUACUCCAGCGACACGGUGGUCGGUUUGCUACGCAUCCGGUGUUCAGUUUUCUUGUCUUUAACAUUCUUCUCCGAUCAUCCAACCGCCGCAUAAGCAUGGUCCGCAUGGCGAAGGGCUCUUUCAAUCGAGCCGAGCAGGUCUGUCAAACACUGACAGCAGAACAGCUGAGACUGGCCGAGGUCGAGAUGCGCCGGGACAAGGUGACGACAGAUAAAGAUGUAUCGUUUCUACUGCGCGAGCUAUCCAUCUUUGGUUAUGCCCAGCCUCUAUCGAAUGAGACUCGCCUGCUGAUGCGGAGAAAAAUACAGUCACUUAUUAUCUGGACCGGCACCCCUGCGAUUUGGUUCACAAUCAACCCAAACGACAUUAAUAACCCCGUCAAGAUGAGACUCUCAGUACACAGGCUGCAUGAUCAUGAUGUGGCGAAAGAGCUCCUAGCAGAAGCUCGAGGGCGGUUCGACAAGAUCGCUCUCAGCACCCUGGAUCCGGUCAGCUCCGUCAUCUUCUUCCAUCGCGAGAUUUUCCUAUUCUUCGAACACUACGCCAAAGCCGGCAAGGAGUCGGUUUUUGGGAAGGUCAGUCACUAUUAUGCUACAGUGGAAACCAACGAUCGAGGUAGUCUACACUUGCAUGGGCUGUUCUGGCUCCACGGAAAUCUAGAGCUACCAUCGCUUUGUGGCAAUAUGGCCGAUCCCCAAGAGGACGGGUACCGAUCUCAUGUGAUUCGUUACAUCGACUCCGUCUUCCACGAGUGCCUAGACGAAAAGGCUGGGAGGACGAUGCGGAAGGAAAGAAAGCCAAUCGACCCUGUCGAGGACAUAAUGAUAAGCACCGAGGCUCUUACUGCGGCCUUUGAGGACGAAGCCAAUUACAUUGCGUACUGCAGCCAGAUACACUCCCACACAUUUACUUGCAUCAAGUAUUCUCUGAAGGGCCUAUCUAGCCAGGACACAGAUGCUCACAAGCGUACAGCAUGCCGAUUCAAAGCCCCCUGGAAGAUCGUCGAGGAGACGGGCUUCGUGGACGACGGCCUGCUCAGGAUCCGACGCAACCACGCCUUGGUUAACCGACAUAACAAGGCAAUGGCGGUCGGACUCCGCCACAACCAUGACAUCUCGUUAAUCUUGACAAGAACCAAGGGGCUCGCCAUGAUCUUUUACAUCACAAAUUAUGCCACUAAGCUAGAUACACCGAUGUGGAAACGCAUUGCCAUUACAGGCGAAGUUCUGGGACAGCUACACCAGUCGGCGGAAGGCCCGUAUCAAACGCCAAGUUCUGGCCCUGGUAUCCAACGCCCGACCGUUCUCAACCAGACCCGCCAGUUCCUUAUGAGGGCGGCAAACCGAAUAUUCUCGGAGAGGCAGCUCUCGUCAGUGGAGGUCUGUUAUCACCUGCUCGGCUACCACACGGACUUUACCAACGUGCCCCAGUGGUCUUUCAUAAACCUGUCCGCCCUGUACUGGUCCAUAUUUAGACGAUGGCGGCAUCUACGUAGCCUGUCUAGAGAGCACGCCGACGUAGACGACCCACCUGAGACCAUCGGCCUCAGAGACAGCGGCAGGACAUUACUGUACUUGGAUGCCUACGCCCGCCGGGGUCCGAUACUGAGAGGUCUAUGCCUAUAUGAUUAUAUGUCUAUGGUUAGCCUCGAGCGUUGCCGCGGCCGAGAAGAGGAUGAAGCUCACAUCUCUCUCGACGGCCUCUUUCCGGAAUCAGAUGGUUGGUUACAGAAGCUCCGGAGACCUCCUGAAUAUACGGUACCCAUCUUCCAAGGAUACAUCAGCGAUCAUCACAACGACGAGCACCCGGUCUACUUCAAGCGUAACUCUAUUCUCCACCUGGCUCUAUUCGUGCCGUGGGAAGACUUCCUUGCCAAGGCUGAUGGAGACAUUACGGACAUUUGGACAAACCACGCUGCCGCACUCCCACCGCGUUUGCGAUCUCACGUCUCCAAUAUCUCUCUUCUGAGGAAAUCGGCGGAAGAUGCGCGCAAGGACGCAAAGCUCUGGGCAAGCCGGUCCGAAGGUGAUGACACAGUCGACAUGGAGUUCCCACUUGACGAGGGCAACCGUCCUGAAGAGUCUGCAACAACAGCUGAGCAUAGACAGAGUUACAUCGCGCUCCUCCACAUCCUACAAAAUGCCAUAGCAGACUCAGCAGCGACGAGACACUCGCCAGUGCUACACGCCUUGCUCCGGGACCUGCGUUAUGAAAACCCAGCAGAAGAGCAGUGGCCGUUUGUGCAGCGUCCCCGGGAUUUCUAUGACCAGAUUUACCGUUCACAGAAGAGCUCACUAUGCCAGUAUCCGGCUCUCUCUCACGAAGACGUGCAGGCCGCGGUAAAGGCCCAAGGUAUGCUGCAUCUCCGCAUGCUAGAUGAGAUCGAGAGUGGUCCUCAAGCGGCGGCAGGCACGAUGGGAAGCGAGGACUUGGAUGACAUACUUAUUCGCCCCUGUGACGCAGGCAUCCCCAUUCCACCCCGGCGUCUAGAGUUGGCCAGCCAUGACCAUCAGAUGGCGGUCGAAAUCGAUCAUACAACGGGGUUUGUGGAAGUGGGACGCGCUGCCGCAUUGUCCCUUACCCUCAACUCCCUCCAGACAAUGGCUCUUCAACUUGUGUGCAAAUUCUUAGAUCGAUACGUUGCUGACCCCGACUCUGCCGGCCAGCAUCUUCAGUACACCGGAGGUCCGGGAGGGAGGGGCAAGUCCAGAGUUAUCGACGCCCUAAAAUGGGUGUUCGAGGCAAGGGGCCAAUCACAUCUUCUUCAGAUCACCGGCACGUCGGGAAGCGCGGCGGCCCAGAUCGGCGGCACAACACUGCAUUCCGCUUGUGGGCUGGACACUCAUCGCUCCUCCCAAGCACAACUCCCGAUUUUCUCCGAAGCGAAGAAAUGGACGUGGAAGCAGAAGUUAGUUCUCGUGACCGAUGAAGUGAGCAUGCUUGGAGGCGCCACUUUGUACGAGGUCAGCCGCAAUCUCCAGUCACUCCGAGACUGUGCCGAUAAGCCGUUUGGAGGGAUUCCAGUAAUUCUCCUGAUGGGGGACUUCUACCAGUUCGCUCCAGUUCGUGAGACGAGUCUCCUAGUCAAUAAAACGAUAGACCCUUCUACUGCGCCAUUAGGACAAGGAACCAUCUCGCACCAUCGUGGCUUCGGCUUGUGGCAGAUGUUCAAACAGUGGUCCUUCUCGAAGAACAGGUUCGUUCACGAGAUGAUCCUCACCUAG